AUGCUGGUGGCGGCGGCCGCCGAGCGGAACAAGGAGCCCAUCCUGCGCGUGCUGCUCCAGUACGUGGACCCGGCCCAGCGCGGCGUCCGCGUGCUGGAGGUGGCCUCGGGCUCGGGCCAGCAUGCUGCCCACUUCGCGCGGGCCUUCCCCUACGCCGAGUGGCAGCCGUCCGACGUGGACCAGCGCUGCCUGGACAGCAUCUCCGCCACCACGCGGGCCCAAGGGCUGCCCAACGUGAAGGCCCCGCUGUACCUGGACGUGACCUGGGACUGGGAGCAGUGGGGCGGGAUCCGGCCGCAGUCCCUGGACCUGCUGCUCUGCAUCAACCUGACGCACAUCAGCCCCCUGUGCUGCACCCAGGGGCUCUUCAGGGCCGCUGGCCACCUGCUCAAGCCCGGGGCUCUGCUCAUCACCUACGGCCCCUUCGCUGUCAACGGCAAGAUCUCCCCCCAAAGCAACGUGGAUUUCGACCUGACGCUCAGAUGCAGGAACCCGGAGUGGGGGCUGCGGGACACGGCCCUCCUGGAGGACCUGGGCCAGGCCAGCGGCCUCCUCCUGGAGAAGAUGGUGGACAUGCCGGCCAACAACAAGUGCCUGAUCUUCCGGAAAGCGUGACCCCCCCGCCCCCCACCCCAGGUCCCUGCUGAGGCUCUGCUGGGCCCCCACGCGGGUCUCCAGACCCCGCCCCCCCGGGCCCCACCUCGCUGGGUAUGCGGCCGGCACCGGCCUCGGAAUAAAGUCUCUCCGGCUGCC